AUAUUGGGCGUGGGGAUCCGCUUCCAGCUGGCAAAAAAUGGAGAGCGUAGGACAAACUCGCCGGAAGCAAAGAAUCCGCCUUUUCUCUCUCGAUUUCUGAAUCUACAAAAGAAGCGGAGAAGGAAUCGGAGGAGACAGGCAGACCCCGACGCGUGUGUUGAGUUUUUUGUAGAAAGUAGCAGUACCCAGUGCUCAGUGGCGUUUUCCAUUCCAAUUGCCUUCCUUCCUUGGAUGCUAGCCCUCCUGUCAUGGAUUCUCUGCGUUUACUGAAGUGCUCCACUGCCUCUACGCAAACCCAUGUCAGAAGGCAGUUCAUAUUCUUCCAUCAUCCGCGCACGAUUCCUCAAAGCAUCUCUUUCCUCAAUCCUAGAAUUGAGUUUCUGGAGCGACUGGCCAGAGUACCCAGACGCUCUUUUCCAGUUGUUUCUGCAGUUUCCUCGACCAAAAUGGGGGAGGAAGAGAAGAAGAUAACAGAGAAGAUAGGUUCACAGCAUGGACGCCAGAAGGUGCGACUGAGGAUAAGAUUGGAUCACCAAGUUGAAUUCGGUGAGAAUGUUGUGAUUUUGGGGUCUAUGAAAGAGAUGGGUUCAUGGAAGCAGGAAGUAUGGUUGGGUUGGACGGAAAAUGGGUGGGUUUGUGAAUUGGAAUUGAGGGGCAGUGAGUUGUUAGAGUACAAAUUUCUCAUUGUGAGAAAGGACAAGACUAUGGUAUGGGAAAAUGGUGAUAACCGGGUCUUGAAACUUCCAAAACAAGGUAGUUUUGUGAUUAUUUGUAGAUGGAAUGCUACGAGGGAGGCUGCCAAGUUGUUGCCUCUGGAUGCAGAACAGAAUGAAGUGGAAGUGGAGGAUGCUGAUGAUAAAGGAUCUGCCAUCACUGAUGGUGUAGUUCCUUUAGAAGUGGAGACAAGUCCUUUUGUCGAGCAAUGGCAGGGCAAGGUUGUGUCGUUUAUGCGAUCAAAUGAACAUCAGAACAGGCAGCUGGAAAGAAACUGGGAUACUUCUGGUCUGGAAGGUUUGGCUCUAAGAUUAAUUGAGGGUGAUCAGGGAGCCAGGAAUUGGUGGCGGAAGCUUGAAGUUGUACGCGAACUUCUAGCUGGCAUUCCGAAGAAUGCGGAACGUUUGGAGGCUCUCAUAUAUACAGCUAUAUAUCUGAAGUGGAUAAACAUUGGGCAAAUUCCUUGUUUUGAAGAUGGAGGUCAUCAUCGACCUAACAGGCAUGCUGAGAUUUCUAGGCUUAUAUUUUGCGAAUUGGAAAGAAUUACUUAUGGGAAAGACACUUCACCUCAGGAAAUAAUUGCCAUCCGAAAAAUUCACCCAUGUUUGCCAUCUUUUAAGGCAGAAUUUACUGCAUCUGUUCCUCUAACUCGAAUUAGAGAUAUUGCUCAUCGGAAUGAUAUCCCUCAUGACCUCAAGCAAGAGAUAAAACACACAAUACAAAACAAGCUUCAUCGUAAUGCUGGACCAGAAGAUCUGGUUGCCACAGAAGCAAUGCUUGCAAGAAUUACUAAGAAUCCUGGAGAAUAUAGCCAGGCAUUUGUGGAGCAGUUCAAGAUAUUCCAUCAAGAACUUAGGGACUUCUUUAAUGCUGGAAGCCUUGUUGAACAACUUGAUUCAAUAAGAGAAUCUUUGGAUGAACAGAAGCUAUCAACUGUUAAAUUAUUUUUGGAUUGCAAGAAGAGUCUGGAUAUCUUGGAAGAAUCAAGUGACAUUGUGGAAAAUAAAUCCAUUGGCUUGUUAAUUAGAACCAUGGAAUCGUUGAACUCUCUGAGGGAAGGAAUUGUAAAGGGUCUGGAAAGUGGUCUUCGUAAUGAUGCUUCUGAUGCUGCAAUAGCAAUGCGCCAAAAAUGGCGUCUUUGUGAGAUUGGCCUUGAAGACUAUUGUUUUGUUCUUCUAAGCAGAUUCCUCAAUGCACUUGAUGCUGUCGGAGGGGCUCAUUGGCUUGCAGAGAAUGUGGAAUCAAGGAAUGUAAGCUCUUGGAAUGAUGCACUUCGCUCACUCAUUGUUGGCAUUCGUCAUCUGGUCCUGUCUGGUUGGAAUACUGAGGAAUGUACUGCAAUUGGAGAUGAACUCAUUGCAUGGAAAGAGAGAGGUCUAUCUGAAAGGGAAGGCAGAGAAGAUGGCAAGAUAAUAUGGGCAUUAAGGCUUAAAGCUACUCUUGAUAGAGCAAGGCGUUUGACUGAAGAAUAUUCUGAAGCACUCCUCCAGAUGUUUCCUGGAAAAGUGCAGAUUUUGGGGAAAGCUCUUGGUAUUCUUGAAAGCAAUGUCAGGACGUAUGCAGAAGCUGAGAUUCGUGCCAGUGUCAUUUUUCAGGUUUCAAAAUUGUGCACUCUCCUUUUAAAAGCAGUUAGAACUAUACUUGGGUCACAGGGUUGGGAUGUUCUGGUUCCAGGAAUUGCUUUUGGGACCUUGGUAGAGGUUGAGAGAAUUGUCCCAGGGUCAAUACCAUCAUCUAUCGCUGGAUCUGUUAUUCUUGUGGUCCACAAAGCUGAUGGCGAUGAGGAGGUUACGUCUGCUGGGAGUAACAUAGCAGGAGUUGUUCUUCUGCAUGAGCUGCCUCACUUAUCUCAUCUUGGUGUUCGAGCCCGACAGGAAGAGGUUGCUUUUGUAACCUGUGAAGAUGAUGAUAAACUUACUAAUAUCCGUGAGCUUAUUGGAAAAUAUGUGAGGUUUGAAGCAUCCAUAGCAGGUGUUAUGUUAAGUCCAUCUUUGUCAGAGAAUUGCAAUGAUGAAGAAAAUGUGAGAACUUUUCCCGAUAAUGGUUCAUCAACUGUUGAAUCCCUUGAUCCUCGUGAUUCUUCCCUGUCUGCAGUCGAAGCCCUUACCAAUCAGAGUGUUCCUGCUCGUGGCAUCAUACCUCUUCUUCAUGCAGAAACUCAGACUUCUGGUGCAAAGGCUUCUGCUUGUGGCCGCUUAGCUUCUCUGGCUUCCAUUUCUAAUAAAGUUUACAGUGACCAGGGGGUGCCAGCUUCAUUUGAUGUGCCUGCUGGGGCAGUAAUACCUUUUGGCUCGAUGGAAUUAGCAUUAGAGCAAUGCAACUGUAUGGAAAGCUUCAAGUCCUUCAUUGACCAAAUAGAAACUGCACGGGUUGAAGGUGGUGAACUUGACAAAUUAUGCCAUCAAAUGCAGGAGCUGAUCUCCUCCUUAAAGCCCCCAAAAGAAAUUAUUCAUAGCGUAGGGAAAAUGUUUCCUAGCAAUCCGCGAUUGAUUGUUCGUUCCAGUGCCAAUGUGGAGGACUUGGCUGGAAUGUCAGCUGCUGGACUUUACGAGUCAAUUCCGAAUGUCAGUCUUUCGAAUCCAGUAGUUUUUGGAAAUGCUAUUAGUCGAGUCUGGGCUUCACUGUAUACCAGGAGAGCGGUUUUGAGCCGUCGUGCUGCUCAUGUGCCUCAGAAGGUUGCUGUCAUGGCAGUUUUGGUGCAAGAAAUGCUUUCGCCAGACCUAUCCUUUGUGCUGCACACAAUGAGCCCAUCAGACCACAACCAUAAUGUUGUAGAGGCUGAGAUUGCUCCUGGGCUUGGUGAAACUUUGGCUUCAGGUACCCGGGGUACUCCAUGGCGCCUGUCUUCAGGAAAGUUUGACGGGCUAGUGCGCACGCUGGCUUUUGCUAAUUUCAGUGAGGAGCUGUUGGUCCUCAGUGCAGGUCCUGCUGAUGGGGAAGUUAUUCAUUUAACAGUGGAUUACAGCAAGAAACCUUUGACAGUUGACCCAAUUUUCCGCCGGCAACUUGGUCUGCGCCUUGGGGCAGUUGGUUUCUAUCUGGAGCGUAAGUUUGGUUGUCCACAGGAUGUGGAAGGUUGUGUGAUUGGCAAAGAGAUCUUUGUCGUCCAGACUCGGCCCCAGCCUCGAUGAGAGCUUCGUAGUGUAUUCCGUCUUUUCUAAACAGGACUACCCAAAGGACAUCCCUGUAACUGGCAAGCGCAUUCCUAUGUUGUAUAUGCAUGUAUGUACAAUUUCAAAAUUAAGUUUUUAUUUGUACAACAUUUGUAUGAAAUAAAUUAAUAACAAUACUAUUUGCUUGUCAA